GUUCUGUGUGUAUGAUCUAAUAUUUAUCGACCCAAUUCUGAUAUUGGUCAUUGUUUCGUCGAAGUGCUGUGUAAAGCUGAAUUUUUGCAUGGUUGGCUCUCUAAGGGCUUGCCUCUGGGUCUUCAGCUGAUGGCGGGACGUCCUGCGCAUUAGUAGCGCAACGCCGAGACUCCCAAAUAUAGACAAGGGAGCCUCCCACUCACGGAAGUAUAUUCAAGUUUUUUAGCGGAGGGUUCUUUACGAUGACAAAUGUAAAGUAGGCUAACGUUCGCUUAAACAUCUCAGCAAUGACAGAAAAACAUCCUGUAUCCAAACUGAAAAGAAGGAAAACCUCACUGGAAGAAUGUAAAUCUGAGCAACCUCAUCGGACUGUACCUCGAGAGAGCAUGGGAAGUUUUCUUGCACUACAAGAACAGCGGCCCAGCUGCAACAGAGCAGCCUACUGCCCCAGCGGAGUGGUGCAGGAUGUCCAGGACUGGUGGGCCCAGCCUGGGCUGCCCCCCUUGGAGCGGCUGUGGGCUCUAACCCUGCAGGCCUUCAGUGCCCAGCCUCCAGAACCUUCCGCCACAGAGCAGCUGCCCGAACUCCCGUCGCCACAUACACAGACAUGUGCCAGGGUGAAGCCAGCCGAGUGGAGGUGGUGUUGCCUUGGCGACGAGGUGGGCGCUCUUCCAGAGCGGCCGGCGGUGGCCCAGCGUGCGCCCGCCAGCGCUGCCAGCUCAGGUCAGCGUGUGCCCGUCACCCCUGCCAACGCCGUUCCCACGGAGACCACGUGCCUCUCGCGCCGCAGCGCUCCGGAGCCCGAGGGCGCGUGUGCCGGUGCCAGCGGCCAGGCCCGUGGCACGGCGGGUCAGGAGGGUGAGGAGGACGAGGAGGAAGUGGAUGGCGGGCGCCGCAGCGGCCCUGUCACUGUGCCAACCGAGGCGUCUCAGAGGUGGAGCCAGGGUGGUGGUAGAGGGCGGAGGGGCAUCGCCGCGGCAACCAGUAGGCCUGCCGCCUCGUCUGCGUCGUCGUUGGCGGCAGCGACAGACGCUCGGGCGAAAGGCUGGCGAGAGUCCGCUGCUGGAACCGCUGCUACGGCAACAGCUGGUGUCACGCUGGACGCGUUCUUCGGUGGCGGAGGAGGAAGAGGAGGAGGAGGAGAAGGACGGGGGAAGGAGGAGGGGAUCAAGCGACGCCCCACAGACCAGCGGUCAGGGACCCAGGCUCCCCCCACCCCCUCACCAGGGCAGCAGGGGGCAUCAGCCGGAGCAGGAGGGGCAGGAGUCAGAGGGCUGGAGUGCUGCCCGAUGUGCCUGAUGCCUUUCCCUGCAGGCUUCACCCAGAUGGAUUGCGACGGCCAUCUUGCUCAGUGCCUGUCCGAGAUGAACACAGACAUGGUGUGGUGAUGCUUUCACAUGUCUUCUCUGUGUGUGUGUGUGACUGACUGAGUGACUCAGUGACUGUGUGUGUGAGUAAGUGAGAAUGUGUCCUCUACUGUAUGUUAAUAAAUUGUUUUAACACA